GCCUUCUUUCUCUGUCGAUCCCCCCAAUUCUCUCUUUCUCUCUUUCUCUCUCUCACGCACAUCCUAUCCCUCUCCUUCUAUUCCGUUGAGAAGGGAACAGCACACUCGUGUAUUUUCACUCACUUUUGCCAUUGCACAAAAACAACAAUCAUACCAUGGCCUCCACCACACUCAGCAGACGCUCUGGUGUCCGAGCCCCCUCAGGAGCAGUUCGACCAAAGAAAAUCAAUCCCAAUGCACUCCCCCGUCCAAAACAGCCAACCUCCUUCGAUGUCGAUAUUGAUGCCGAGUAUGCCAGCACAACUGACCCCUCUGAGAGCUCCUUAUCCCUAUCUUCGGUGCACCAGCAACAUUCAACAAGAGACAACCAACGCACAAUCAACGAGGAGAAUGAGGACAUCCAUACGCGUCUCCUUGAUGAUAACUUUUCUCGCGAUUAUCAGCCUAGCUUCUAUUCCGCGCCCGCUCCCAGCAGCAUAGACUCUAGCAACACACAGAGCAGCAACACGACUUUCGACAGGAUCACAACGUCUCCCGUAGUGAACGACAGAUCCAGGCACGGUUCAGCAACUGUGCGGUCGCUUUCCCCCAAUCUUCUUUGUCGGCACCAAAGGCAACACACUCAUACACAGGACCAUACACACCAACUGCCGCGACAACUCCCACCACAGCAUCCAGGACUCUCCUGUUGGAGCGACACCAGCAGCAGCAGUUCGCUCUUUCCUUCCUUAAUUCCUACUCGGAGGAGCUCUAUCAAAUCGUACUCGCGUAGGGGGACAGAUACGCCUCCGCUUUCCACAGCCGAGUCUUACCCAGACGAGGAUGUUGACGAGACGUCGUCUCCCGUGGAUGGCCUUCAGCUUCUUAACGAACGAAAUGAACCCUACGAUGAGGGCACCCCAUACAAGUCCGGCGAAGAGGAUGGCCAAGACAAUAGUCAAAGAAGACACGCGCAAUGGUUCGAAGCUGAAGAUCAAAAUCUGAGCGACGGCAAUCAGAGCCUGGGACACCUUCAGGAACACAGCAGUGAUGAUAGCCGCCGCUCAUCGGUCCCCUCAUCGCCACUCAUAUUUCCGGCUCCGCCGAUCAUCAGCCACAGAGCGCCAGCACGAAUCACUGACACUAUACCUGCACCUGCGCCCGCUUCUACCUCCGAAUCAGACAAUGCGGAACAAGUGCCUGAGAGCACCGAGGCAGUCAAACACUAUACGCAUGAAAUUGAAACCCAGGAGACAUUGCGACGUGAGCGCACAAGAAUUUUACAGCGCACAGUUGUCAGCAGCUACCGACAGAUCGACUACAAGGAUAUCACCGGGGUUGAACCGCUCAAGAAGGGUGGAUUCGGCGAGAUCCAUAGAGCAGAGUGGUCUAGGCUCCAGGUUGUUCUCAAGAGAGCAUUGGUGGAGCACAACGAGGGCGUAGAACAAUUCGAUCAAGAGCUCGAGAUCCUGAAACGAGUGCACGACUAUGACUUUAUCGUGCCCUUUUACGGAGUGACAACCGACCCAAGGACGGGCGUCCGGUGCAUGGUUAUGAAGUACUGCUCCAACGGCAAUCUGUGUUCGUUUUUGGAAAACAAUCACAGUAACCUACCCUGGGAAGAACGAUAUCGACUGUCGAUUGAGAUCACCAAAGGACUCGAGUUCCUUCACAAGUCAGGAUUCUAUCACCGCGAUCUGCAUAGUGGCAACAUUCUGUUGGACGACAAGAUGACGGCUAUGAUCUGUGAUUUCGGUCUGAGUCGGUCUUCUUCCAAAGAAAAGACUAACGACUUGUCUGCAGCCGUAGGCGUGGCUUCAUUCUUGGCACCGGAGCGUUUUCCGACACAGAGGCCGAUGUACUCGGCUGCAUGCGAUGUCUACAGUCUGGGUGUCAUCUUUUGGCACAUCUCUUCAGGCAGAAUCCCGUUUGUGGCUCGACUGCGCGAUCCACGACUUUUGAGAGAAUUAAUGGAUGGAAGGCGUGAGGAGAUAAUACCGGGCACGCCGCGCGAAUAUAGGGACUUGCUGGUCAAGUGUUGGGAUGCCAUCCCAACUAGGCGCCUUAAAAUCGACGUGGUGAUCGAUAUUCUUCAGAUGCUCAUCGAAAAGCUAUCGGAACCCGUUUACCCAGUACAGGUGGGCUUUAUGGUCCCGAGCAGUACAACUUCAGCUGCACUGCCAGUUCCCCCACAGCUGGAGCCAAAAAUGGCGAGUCUAGAGCGGGCUUCCAACAUGCUGAACAAGAUGGUAUUUGAUAUCAAGGAUCCAAUCAUGAGAGAAACUGUGGACUAUAUCGAUCGCACGCGCGCACGAUUCAGAGACCAGCGAACGCUACCAACUCCAUACUCGUCUACGAACCCACCGCAGACGCCUGUCUACUUUUGUCCCCUCGUGGGCGAUAUCGCUGCACUCAACUACUACCUCGCAUAUCAUCGGCCCUACAACCCCAUCAACGAGUCCAGUAUGCAAACUGGCGACACGGCCCUGCAUCUGGCCUGUUUGUUUCUGGAAUCACCUUUGGAUACCAUCAAGGUUCUAGUUGAACUCGGCGCCGAUAUCAAUCUCGAGAACCUGCAGGGUUAUACACCCGUCAUGAUGCUGGUCUCGUCCAACACGCAGUAUUGCUACGAAGCGCUCAGGUACUUUAUCAUGCGAGGCGCCAAAAUCCCAGAGUAUAUCCGCAAACCGAUCGCCCCCAUGGACAACGCUCAGAUCUAUGCUCUGAACCUUAUAAACGAAUCGCGGCAGAUGCACUUGAACGGAUCAAGGCCCAUCAACUAUAUCAGACCGCCAAGGAACCGAUGCAUUGGGCAGCCUAAUGAGCAGAACGAGGAGCAGAGCCAGAACCAGGAUCAGAACCAAAAGCGGUCCCAUACCAUGCAGGGCCGACCACUAUUUCACGUCGUGGCCGCUAUGCAAGAAGACUACCGCAUCUUGGACUGUCUCCGUGAGGCUGGACUUAAGCCUGCAAUAGCCCAUGGUAGUGACACAGCACUCAUCGCCGCCGCAGCACAUUUACAGAUCAAGAAUAUUGAGUGGCUGCUCAACAAUGACCUGGAUAGCAGCAUUGAAAGCAAUGUCACCCGAGCCAUCGCCGUCGUAAAAAUGAUCUAUGGAUCGAGUCCCGCUUCUUCCGAAGAGCGACAUGCCCCAACAAGCAACGCCAACAGCAAUGAAAAUAACAAUGUCAGUGGCAUCAACAGAUAUAAUGGUCGAUUGCUCAGAAGAAUGGAACCGGGCGACAUUCGGGAACUAGGGAAAUACUCCUGGGCUGGGGUUGCGUACAGGAACACAAAUCAAUUCAGCAAAGAUAUGGUGGGGCCCGUCUUGCAGUUAUUGGAGCAAUGGACUGGCCAUCGACGCAUCAUUGCAAGGAGGGAUGUUGCUGCCAAACUGAGGCUCAUGGGUGGCAUGGGAUUUCACCCUUUGAUACCAGCAGCCAACGCUCAUAUCGCCAACGGCUUUGGUCAUAGCGUUGUAUCAUCCAUGGCAUAUUAAAAGCCAGUCAGUCCAUUUUCAAUCCUUCUUUCACCGUUUUUCGCUAAUGCUCCGCCAUUGAAUUUGCGUGUUUUUUCUUUCUUAUUCGACAGCCUAUCUUACAUCAGUUGGCGUCGGGUACUUUCUUGUGAAGGUGCAGCUGUCAUCGCGAUUGCUGGCCACUAGAAUAAACUAGUUUAGCGUACCAGCUGGUGAGACAGGCAUUUUAAAAUGGUCCCAAACAUAUCAUCGAGGGUCGUAUCCGUCUCACUGAUCGCCUAUGUUAUACAUUGAGGUUCAC